CUAUACAACCAAUGAAGUACUGGCAAUGGCUGACGCCGCCAAGCUCGUAAUGGUUUAGACUCUGGGAAUAGAGGUGUUAUCAGUUAUUGUUUUCCCGUUGAGUUGAUAUUUUAUUCCGAACUAAUGUAGAAUGUGUAAAGGAUGGAUGCUGUUACCUCGGCCAAGUAUUGAUUAUAUUAAUGUGUCUUGAAACUAUCGUUUGAAAGGUUUUAUUUGUGGGGAAAUCCAGCCGGACGCCAUUUUUUGAUGCAUUUUCUAAGCCUUGGCUUCUUUGAUCGCCCUUCGGAAGAGGACCACGCACUGUUCGAGGAUUCAAAUUUGAAUCAUUCAGUUUUUCAAUCUGGAUACUUGAGAGUGAAGAUUCGUGGAUAUUUUACUCCGGCCCAUGGCAAACAGUAAUACGACUCUCGCCAGUCUUUGGGUAGAUGAUGGUACUGGCAGUCCGCGUAAAUUUACCCCGAUGACCCCGUCCAAGGCAAGCAGCAGUGGAGCUAGUAGUGGUAACGGUAACCACAGUAAAGAAGACUUCAUGCAGUUCUACAAGGAGUCUGGAUUGGAUUCGCUGGCGCGAGAUGUUGGCAUACUGGAUCCCACAGGUGAAAUCAAAGGUUUCAGUGCUGAACAGCAAGCUACAUCAAAACCCAUCCAGCUAGUUGCAGUUCCCAUCGCCCAGUCACCAAGCAAAAUGUCUCCGUUCAAGAUAGAACAACCUCACCUUCUACCCAAACCAUCUCUUACUACACGACAGAUUAUGACCUCUCCUGCAAGGCCCCAAGUUAUUCAGGUGGACGCCACAUCUCCAUGGUCUGCAAGAAAAAGGGCAUCAGAUUUCAUUGAUGCUGACUAUUCAGCUGAGAAAAGGGGCAAGAAAGGUGACAAAGGAGGCAAAGGUCUGCGUCAUUUCUCCAUGAAGGUCUGUGAGAAGGUCCAGAUGAAGGGUGUCACCUCCUACAAUGAAGUGGCUGAUGAGCUGGUGGCAGAGUUCAGUGACCCCCUCAACAUGUUGUCGCCCUCCGAUGCUGUCAUGCCAUAUGAUCAGAAGAACAUACGACGCAGAGUCUACGAUGCCCUCAAUGUACUCAUGGCCAUGAACAUCAUUUCGAAAGAGAAAAAGGAGAUCAGAUGGAUUGGCCUACCCACCAACUCGGCUCAAGAAUGUCAACACUUAGAAAUUGAAAAACAGAAGCGGAUUGAACGGAUAAAGCAUAAAACACAACAGCUUCAAGAGCUUAUAUUACAGCAAAUUGCAUUUAAAAACUUGGUUCAAAGGAAUCGUGAUCUGGAGAAAUCCCAAGGUCCCCCUGCAUCAAACUCUGCCAUUCAACUGCCUUUUAUCAUUGUGAACACCAGCAAGAAAACUGUCAUUGACUGCAGCAUUUCCAAUGACAAGUGUGAGUACCUGUUCAAGUUCGACAACACAUUUGAGAUCCACGAUGACAUCGAAGUGUUGAAACGCAUGGGCAUGGCAUUUGGUCUUGAGAGAGGCCAGUGUACACCAAAAGAUUUGCAACGAGCCUCCAAAAUGGUGCCCAAGUCCCUAGAACCAUAUGUUAUAGAUAUGGCCAAUAACUCCAAACCGUUUCAAUCAAGUGCUGUGCGACCCAUUGACCCUUCAUCUGCGACAGCACAGCAAGCACGGUACCAGCAGCAGUCUACCUCACAGUCAUCAUCCAGCAACUAUGUCAAUGUGAUGGACACCAUGGAUGCUGAGCUUGUCACGGCCCUGUCUCGACAGUCCAGCUCGGGAUCCUACGACCAGAACUACAGAGCAGCUACAGACACGCCCUCGGUGUACUCGGAGGACGAGGAGACAGACUCGGACCGAUCAAGUCCGGUGGAAAUGGGAUGAUUGUGGGGGGGUUGUUGGGGGUGUGUACUUGUUGUAGGGCUGAAUAUGAGGGAGAAAAUGUCUUUGAAUUAAAUGUGGCCUUUAUCAGAAUGUGUGCUUGUUGUUUGUGUGUCUAUGAAUGUUGGACGGUGAUAAAGAUUCGAUAGAUUGGGGGCAAAACGGGGGAAUUUUUUCAUUUGACGGUUUGCAUGUGUUAUUUUAUUUUUGUCAUUUUUUGUGCGUUGUAAUUUUGUGCAUUGUGUAUAUCUAUGUGUGAAUGGGUCUCGUGUAACGCUGUUUAAUUAUUUAGUUUAUUAAUUAAUUUUUAUUCCUCUGUGGUUAGUUUAUGUAUCACUGUGAAGGCAUUGGACGGUUGUCUGCUGUACUGAAACCACAGUUUGUUUAUUUGCUGGGCAUAAAAAAAAAGUGCUGUGAACAGA